AUGGCAUUGAUUGGAGAACCUCCAGUGAUCUUUCUGGACGAGCCGAGCACAGGCAGAGACCGGACAUUUCGCGCAGGCAGAAACCAUGAUGUUGCAGAGAAGCGCAAACAGUCGGUGGUCGUGUUGACCACGCACUCCAUGGAAGAAGCCGAGGCACUGUGCAGCAGCAUCGCUAUCCAGGUGGAUGGACAGUUCCGAUGCCUUGGCUCUGCACAGCACUUGAAGUCCAAGUAUGGCAAAGGAUAUGAGGUGAGCGCCAAGUUCCGGGCGAUCGACCGAGAUGCCUUGUCACAACGAGCCAUGCAAAUGCUUCCUUCAGGUUGGGAACUCGACCGGAGUGGUUACACCAUGAUGUCCAAGAACCAGGCGAUCAAUGUUCUGGAUGAGAAGCUGGUGACUGCAGCUACACUGCCUUCGGGACCAAUACCAGAAGGGCAGCAGGAAGUGGCCGUGGAGGUUCUGGCUGAGUGGGUGAUCACACAACAGCACGUGGAAGAUCUGAAAGACUUCUUCUCGGAGCCGGGUGGCUUGGGAGACUUGAACCUGGGAGAGGUGCUGGUCCUUGAGAACCAUGGCUCUUCGUUGCGACUGCGACUCCCUUUGGCCGGAGAAGCACAGCUGCCGCAGCUCUUCGCCAUGCUGAGCAAGGAGAAAGCACGAUUUGGACUCAGUGACUUUGCCGUAUGCACCUUGGACCGUGAGAACCGGCCACCGCACCAAGAGUUCUACAGCAUCCCGUUGAUGGAUUGGUUGGCCGACAAGUACAAGGAUGAGUUUGACAACUUCUCCGAGAAGAUGACCAGCACUGGGUAUGUGCGUGGAAUUACGUGGCCUAAAGCUGGUACUGAUUGGGGGAAGUACAGUGAUGAGAAUUGGGAGAAGCUCAGUUAUUGGGCGUCCAUGCGGAUGCAAACUCUCUUCCGCACCGUGUCUGGAAUGAUGUUGUACCACAAUGCCCUGCAAUGCCACUUCGAAGCUCAAGGGGAUCGUCGCAACAAGCUGGGAUUGAUUUGGGAUCCCAGCGAUGCCUUCACCUGCGUGGUGGCCAUGCAAAUGUACGCCUUCUUUAACAGCAUGCAGCUCAAGCACACCAACAUCAUGUUCAAAAAGUUCCCCAAGUCCAUGAAGGUGGCCUUCAUCGAUUGCGAAGAUUUGGAGGGCUCCGAGCGGCCGGAUUGCAUCCACGAAGAUCAGAAGCGUCGAUACUACAGCUGCCUCAUCGAUGCCACUUGCCCGGUGGAUGGUCAAGGGCGUCGGACACCGAAGUACAAGAUCGAGAUUCCUGGGUACCCCAUCUUGGGCGAUGGAAAGGGUGACAAUCAAAACACGGCCGUGCACUUUACCCGGGGGACCUUUGUGCAGUGCAUCGACGCGAACCAGGGUGCAUACUUUGAGCAGAUGCUGCUGCUGCCUUGCGUUUUGGGUGAGUUCAGAUCGAAGCAUCCUGGUGAUGGAGGAAGCAAGAAGAUCAUCGGUUUUCCGGAGCACAUCACCAGUGACUUCGGCUCGGUGGGCGACUUCGCGGCCUCGUCGGAGCUGGCCUUUGGCACCAUCUCCCAGCGGUCCUAUUCCUUGCUCGGGGUUGGAGGGCAAGAAGAUCCUUCCACGCGUUCGACCCUCACGGCCGACUCGGGCUCUCAGCACUGCCCGUGCGCACGCGUCUUCCGCCAUGCAGCGGGGCACUGUGCAGAGCUUGGAGGACGGUCGUCCUUCAGUGUGAAACGGUCUUUGCAUGGCGUCCGAAUGGUCGCGGCGUCCUUGUUCCAGGGGCUUCCAGGGUUCAGCGUGCCCUUUGUGGAAAUGAGGACUCGCGCAGCCCCAGCUACAUUCCUCAUGAUCUACAUGAUUUGUGACUUGGAAUGGCAUAGAGCUUCGAGCGGGAAGAACGUCAAGGCCCAUCGCAAGUCCGCCUACAUCGUAGACGAACUGUUUAUGCCAGCAUUGUCCGUUUGA